GUGCGCCGCAGCAUCCGCGGCAGCGGCGGAGCCGAUCGAUGGGAGGCCGGACGCUGCUUGCAGAGCGAGGCGUUGACGCAGUGGAGCUCUGAAGGAGCCGGCGUGAACGUGGUAGUCGAUGAUGCUACUCUGGCUGGUGCUUUUGGCGGCCGCUGCGUGCGCGUCGCGCGACGCGAAGCGGCUACACGAUGACCUGCUGUCAGACUACAACCGGCUCAUCCGUCCUGUCGGCAAUCAUUCACACAAGGUGACCAUCGUCGUCGGCCUAAAGCUGUCACAGCUCAUCGACAUUAACCUCAAGCACCAGGUCAUGACUACUAACAUAUGGCUUGAACAGGUGUGGGAAGACGACAAGCUUCGCUGGAACCCGGAGGACUACGGUGGCGUGGACAUGAUCCACGUUCCGGCAGAAAGUCUCUGGCUUCCAGACAUCGUACUUUUCAACAAUGCGGACGGUAACUACGAGGUGAUCCUGAUGAACAAAGCGACCGUGUACUCGACAGGCAAGGUGGUCUGGAAGCCGCCCGCUCUCUACAAGAGCACCUGCGAGAUCGACGUCGAGUAUUUCCCCUUUGACGAGCAGAACUGCCUCAUGAAGUUUGGCUCCUGGACCUAUGAUGGCCUUGAGGUGGAUCUCCAGCAUGUUAAGCAGCGUCCCGGCGUGGCCGUGGUGGAGACGGGCAUCGACAUGAGCGAAUUCUAUAAAUCCGUCGAGUGGGAUAUCCUGCGCGUGCCUGCCAAAUACAACAACGAGUUCUACGACUGCUGCGAGGAGCCCUUCCCGGACAUCACCUUCAACAUCACCAUGCGCCGAAAGACGCUCUUCUAUACGGUCAACCUCAUCAUCCCCUGCGUGGGCAUCUCGUUCCUGACCGUGCUAGUCUUCUACCUUCCCUCGGAUUCUGGCGAGAAGGUGACGCUCUGCAUUUCCAUUCUCGUCUCACUCACUGUGUUCUUCCUGCUGCUCGCCGAGAUCAUCCCACCCACUUCACUGGCUGUGCCGCUUUUAGGCAAGUACCUGCUCUUCACCAUGAUUCUCGUCACGCUGUCCAUCUCGGUGACUGUCGGAGUGCUCAACGUGCACUUCCGCUCACCAUCGACGCACCGCAUGGCGCCCUGGGUGCGGCGCGUGUUCGUGCACCUUAUGCCGCGCCUGCUGCUACUGCGGAGGCCCGACGCGGCCGACCGCCAGCAGCCGCCCGUCGACCCUUUGCAGCUGCUGCUACUACGGCGGCCCACUGAACCGGUGGUGCCAGCGCCGGUGGUGCCUCCUUCGGCCGCGGACCAUCAGCAGUCCGAGUCUCCCGAGGCCGGCUCGUGUACGCCGGAAGUGCGCCGGGCCAUCGACAGCGUGCUCUUCAUCGCGGACCACAUACGCAAGGAGGACGACGACGAGAGCGACUGCGAGGACUGGAAAUACGUGGCGAUGGUGUUGGACAGGCUGUUCCUGUGGAUCUUCACGCUCGCUAGCCUGGUAGGCACUUGCGGCAUCAUCCUGCAGGCGCCUUCCCUCUACGACACUCGGCUGCCCAUCGACGUCCAGAUGUCUCACAUCGGCCGCGAGUACGCCACUCUGCAGUCGCCCUGAUCUGUGACGAGUCUGGUGGCAACUCUGACUCCCAAGCGGCGCUCCCUGUCUUGAAGUUGUGCUGCGGUACAGAUAUACGCUUUGGAUGACUUAAUGGAUGCGGCGUCUGGAGCGUAAUGCUUUGUGUAUCUCCGCUUACUGCGUUCCCCCUCUCCUGUAUAUAGCUGGCCUCGCGCAAAUACAUUGAAAUACCUUUCUGUUGAACGUCGCUUAAGAAUACUGAGCUGAGUGAACAAUUAGAAAAAGUGACCGGCGAUUACGAUACUACCUAAUGCGAAAUGUGAACGCAGCUCGAUACGCCUUUUUAUUUCGCGAUAUAUUUAGGCAAAUAAUUCGAAACCGAAAUCAGCGCACCGACUGGCAAUGGGCCGCCGGCGCCUUCGCAGAGGGAGUAUGGGAACGCUGGCAUGAUAAGCGACAUCGGCGCCAGCUGUGAAAGUUGACGACGACAAACGCGCGAGCCGUGGCACGAGCGCGUUCGCGCGGUUACGCUGAGGGACGCCGACGAGUCAGCUGUGGUAGAAAACGAUAAGCAACGCGCGAGCUGUCGCACGAGCGCGUUCGAGCGGUCGUCUAGAGAGAGAGAGAGAGAGAGAACUUUAUUAAGCGUCCUUGAUGAAGUGAACGGAGGCGGGGGGCCGGGAGACGAGGGACGCCGACGCUGAACUCAGGAACGGGCGCCUAAGAGCUGCGCUCUAAAAAGUUUGCUCCGAUGGCGAGGGCAUCUCUAUUCACGCUUUACUUGGUUGGACUUUCACUUCAGCAAGCAGUUUCUUGAAGCCAUCACUAUACUACAGCAGUGAUGAACGUGAUCGUUGUACGUUCCUGUCUCACGAAAGAACGAUCAUGAUGCAUGAUUUUGUGCGAACGCCUCGUUCUCUCUGGAGCAGGAACAUCAUGUCAUCUAUGUACGCAUAUUGUAAUAUUAUCUAGCAUACUAAUCGCAUAGCGCCAUUUGUACAGCUCAUAUACAGUCCUGUUGAAAUACAAUUUCACUAAUGAAGAAAAGACUGGGAAAGAAAGAACGUGGUUCUUCGCACUGUUGCGCACUGGCGUUGGGCAUGGCGUGUUAACGACGCGCAGGCGAUGUCACUACGGUGACUAACGUAUUGCAACGUACGGUUGACGACAAUACAACGAGCAUGCAUUGUUGCAGGCUGAUUUGCUGGGCGAGAUCAAUGCGUUUUAGUGAUAUUUCUUUAGCGGUGCUAACCAGCUGUGGGUGAGGAACCCUGCGACCCGGAAAGGGGGAGGAGGCGCGAUGUUUGUGCAGUCGCUCUUAAUUAGUAACCCACUGUGACGCUCUGGCGCUAUGGCGUUUUGCUGCUGAGGAUCAAGUUGCGGGUUUAGAUCGGCUCCGCGGCAGCUGCAUUUCGAUGGGGGCGAUAGCGAGAACGGUCGUGUACCGCGGUACAACCCAGCAGGGCAAACCCUUUUUCGAAGACACCCAUCCGGCCCCGUAAGGAAAAAUAAGAGAAAAAAGACGACUACGGAAUCUUUCGUGUAAUAAAUGUUGCUUUGAAUUUUUGAAACCCAUCAUCAACGGCUGGUGACCACGCAACUAGUGUUCUUGUAUAUGAUACACUACACGCCACUAAAGCCCCUUAAACUUCGUAGUGUCACGCUUUGAAGAAUGCCGCCUCCUCCUCGCGCACUCUGGCCAAGGCCGACGCUGCGUCGCUAUUGGCCUAAUAGCAUCACGUGGGACCUCGCGCCGUGCAUCAGCGCUAUUUUUGCUCGAGAAGCUUCUACGGAGUGGCGAGGAGCGCAUGUUGGCGCCGUUGCUAUGCUCGAGCAGUGUAGGCGGCGCCACGGUCGAGGAGGGAGCGUGAAAGGGAGGAGAAACGAGGAGGAGUGAAGGCGCAGGAGAAGAGUGUCGCUACUUUAAUAAGUUUAAGGAGCUUUACACGCCACGUAUUCUCAGCGCCAUCUUUCGCAACAAUACAGAACCAUUUUUAUUGCCCCGUAUUCCACAGAGAGUGCAGAGGCGGAACGGAGUUUAUGGUUGGGCAUUUAAUCUCAAAGAGGCCGUGUGACCCGGUUAACUGGUUAACGUUUUCUUUUAUUGGAAAUCUCUGAAACGUCUAUUUUUUUCUGAGAAUCUCUACGUUUUACUGCGGUGACCGUGGUGUCCGACGAUCUAUACAUAGGAAGAGGUCGAAAGCUGUCGAUCGAAAGCUUUUGUUCGCAGAAGAGUUGUAAGCUGCGCUUGUUUGUAUAUAUUUGCGUGAAUACUUGGGGACAACGCUGUUGUUUGUUUUGCUGUUGUGUACUUGCCUUGUUGGUCGUUUUUAAAAUAAACAUAAUUCGUUCUGACAA